UGUUUCAGGGAUGUGAACUGGAGGACCGGGGGAGGGGAGGAAACAUGGCGGCGUCCAGCGACAGUCUGUGAGUCAGGCAUAGGCAGACGGUGCAGUGACAGAGGCAAGAGAGGGGGAAGGAGCGACCGUUCCGGGACUAAGACCCCACCUUGCUUGAAGAGGAGGAGGGACCGUGUACUGCUAUUUGGGAAGGAGGGAGCCGGGAAGGGGCGGGGACAGAGUCCCGGGUACAACGCGGCUCCCUGCUGUAGUCGUGCUGCUCGCUACUAUAUGUGCAGGUCUUAAUGCAAAAUGAAUUUAAUCAAAGAGAACAAGGACCUGGCCUGUUUUUACACCACAAAGCAUUCCUGGAGGGGAAGGUAUAAGAGAGUAUUUUCAGUGGGAACACAUGCCAUUACAACGUACAACCCAACCACCCUCGAAGUUACAAAUCAGUGGCCUUAUGGAGACAUUUGCGGUAUCAGCCCUGUGGGCAAAGGGCAAGGAUCAGAAUUUGCUCUUACAUUUCGAAAGGGCAGUGGGAAGAAAUCUGAAACAUUAAAAUUUUCUACAGACCACAGAACAGAACUUCUUACUGAAGCCCUGAGAUUUAGAACAGACUUCUCUGAAGGGAAGAUUACUGGAAGGAGGUAUAAUUGUUAUAAACAUCACUGGAGUGAUACAAGAAAAUUAGUCACUCUGGAAGUCACUCCUGGGGGAAUAGACCAGAUUGAUCCAGUAACAAAUCGUGUCCUCUGUUCCUAUGACUAUCGGAAUAUAGAAGGCUUUGCAGAGGUCACAGACUACCAAGGAGGAUUCUGUAUUUUGUAUGGAGGCUUUAGUCGUCUGCAUUUAUUUGCAACAGAACAAAGAGAUGAAAUCAUUAAAAGUGCCAUAGAACAUGCUGGAAACUACAUAGGAAUUUCCUUGAGGAUAAGGAAAGAGCCGUUAGAAUUUGAACAAUUUUUGAGUCUUCGACUUGGCAAAUAUAGCAAUGAUGAAUCUAUCACCUCAUUAGCAGAAUUCAUUGUUCAAAAAAUCACUCCAAGACAUACGGAGCCUGUAAAAAGAUUAUUAGCACUUACUGAAACUUGUCUAGUGGAACGGGACCCCGCAACCUACAAUAUUGUAACACUGAAACCACUAGGAGAGAUUUUUGCACUUGUUUAUGACCCUCAAAAUCCUCAACUGUUUACCAUUGAAUUCAUUAAAGGACAAAUUCGUAAAUAUUCUUCAACUGAAAGAGAUUCCUUAUUGGCGAGCCUUUUAGAUGGAGUCAGAGCUUCCGGAAAUAGGGAUGUGUGUGUCAAAAUGACCCCGACUCAAAGGGGGCAACGAUGGGGUCUUCUGAGUGUGCCUGUGGAUGAGGAAGUAGAAAGUCUACAUUUGAAGUUCCUUACAACUCCUCCAAAUGGAGUGUUUGCAGAUUCUGUCUUUAGAUUCAACUCUAAUAUUUCUUAUAGUGGCGUUCUUCAUGCUGUAACACAAGAUGGUCUCUUUUCUGAGAACAAAGAGAAGUUGAUAAAUAAUGCCAUAACAUCCUUACUCUCCCAAGAAGGAGACUUAGCAGCUUCGAAUGCAGAACUGGAGAGCCAAUUUCAGGCAGUCAGGCGAUUAGUGGCUUCAAAAGCUGGAUUCCUGGCCUUUACUCAGCUACCAAAGUUUCGGGAGCGCCUUGGAGUAAAAGUAGUGAAGGCAUUGAAGAGGAACAAUGAUGGUGUUACCCAUGCUGCUAUUGACAUGCUCUGUGCACUUAUGUGUCCCAUGCAUGAUGACUAUGACCUAAGGCAAGAGCAGCUGAACAAAGCAUCCCUUCUCUCUUCCAAAAAGUUUCUGGAAAACUUGCUAGAAAAAUUUAACUCUUAUGUGAGUUAUGGGACUGGUGCUCUGGUUAUCAGCUCGCUCCUGGAUUUCCUUACCUUUGCUCUGUGUGCCCCAUACAGCGAGACAACAGAAGGGCAGCAGUUUGACAUGUUGCUAGAGAUGGUUGCAUCAAAUGGUAGAACACUCUUCAAACUUUUUCAGCACCCCUCAAUGGCAAUUAUAAAAGGCGCUGGUUUAGUAAUGAAGGCUAUAAUAGAAGAAGCAGACAAAGAAAUUGCAACAAAGAUGCAAGAGCUUGCACUCAGUGAAGGUGCCUUACCUCGUCAUUUGCACUCUUCCAUGUUUACAAUAAGUAUUGAUCAGAGAAUGCUUACAAACAGACGGGUUGGUGUAAACAGCAGGCAUGCUCUAAAUUGCUGGUGUUGGAUCUGCAUAUUCCUUUCAUAACAUAAUAAAUGCCUUGUGUCUCUCACUCCCCAGCCCUCAGGUUUGCUGGCAUACCUGGACAGUAAGGAACCAGUACCAGAAAAGGAUGUUGACCGAAUGCACAUCAGGGAUAACUUAAAAAUUGCAACUGACCAAUAUGGCAAAUGCAGCAAAGUCCCUGAGUGGCAAAGACUUGCCGGAAAAGCUGCCAAGGAAGUUGAAAAAUUCACCAAGGACAAAGUUGAUUUGGUGUUGUUGCACUGGAGGGAUAGGAUGGGAAUAGCACAAAAAGAGAAUUUAGCCCAAAAGCCUGUUAUCCUUCGGAAAAGGCGUCAGAGAAUUAAAAUCGAAGCUAACUGGGAACUUUUCUACUACAGAUUUCAUCAGGAUCAUGCAAGGUCAAAUUUGAUCUGGAAUUAUAAAACAAGAGAAGAGUUAAGAGACUCACUGGAGGCUGAAAUGCGAGCAUUUAAUGUGGACAGGGAGCUUGGAAGCGCAACAGUAAUCUCUUGGAACCACCAUGAGUUUGAGGUAAAAUAUGAGUGCCUCUCGGAGGAGAUAAAAAUAGGAGAUUACUAUCUACGACUGCUUUUGGAAGAAGAUGAGAAUGAGGAAAACAGUGUUAUAAAGCAAUCGUAUGAAUUUUUCAAUGAGCUCUACCACCGUUUUCUCCUCACUCCUAAAGUGAACAUGAAAUGUUUAUGUUUACAAGCCCUGGCCAUUGUUUAUGGCAGAUGCCAUGAUGAAAUAGGGCCCUUCCCGGACACCAAGUACAUCAUUGGAAUGCUUGAGAGGUGCACCGAUAGGGUAGAAAGGGACAGGCUCAUUUUAUUUUUAAACAAGCUGAUUCUUAAUAAGAAAAAUGUGAAAGAUGUGUUGGACUCCAAUGGAGUCAGGAUCCUGGUUGAUCUCCUCACCUUGGCACAUCUUCACACCAGCAGAGCCACAGUUCCUCUUCAGAGCAACGUUAUUGAAGCAGCUCCUGAUAUGAAGAGAGAGAGCGAGAAGGAAUGGUAUUUUGGCAAUGCAGAUAAGGAAAGAAGUGGCCCUUACAGUUUUGUUGAGAUGCAAGAAUUCUGGAACAACGGAGUACUAAACGCAAAAACGCGCUGCUGGGCCCAGGGAAUGGAUGGUUGGAGACCUCUGCAAGUCAUCCCCCAGCUGAAAUGGUGUUUGCUGGCAAGCGGUCAAGCUGCCCUAAAUGAAACUGAUUUGGCCACUUUGAUUUUAAAUAUGCUUAUCACUAUGUGUUCAUACUUUCCCAGCCGUGAUCAAGACAAUGCCAUUAUUAGACCUUUACCGAAGGUGAAAAGACUGCUGACUGACAAUACCUGCCUUCCUCACAUCACACAGCUUUUGCUGACAUUUGACCCCAUCCUGGUGGAGAAGGUUUCCAUUUUGCUCUAUCACAUCAUGCAAGACAAUCCCCAACUGCCUCGUUUCUAUCUCACCGGAGUGUUCUUCUUCAUAAUGAUGUACACUGGCUCCAAUGUGCUUCCAAUAGCCAGGUUUCUGAAGUACACUCACACAAAGCAAGCCUUCAGAUCAGAAGAGAGCAAGGGGCCUGAUAUAUUUCAGCGGAGUAUACUUGGCCACAUUCUUCCUGAAGCUAUGGUGUGCUAUCUGGAAAAUUACGAGUCUGAUAAAUUUUCCGAAAUAUUUCUUGGAGAAUUUGAUACUCCGGAGGCUAUAUGGAGCAGUGAGAUGAGACGUCUCAUGAUUGAGAAAAUUGCUGCCCAUUUAGCUGACUUCAGCCCUCGCCUUCAGAGUAACACAAGAGCACUUUAUCAGUAUUGCCCCAUUCCAGUGAUCAACUACCCUCAACUGGAGAAUGAAUUGUUCUGCAACAUAUACUACCUGAAACAUUUCUGUGACACGCUCAGGUUUCCUAACUGGCCCAUCAAAGAUCCUGUGCAACUGCUAAAAGACACCUUGGAUUCAUGGAAAAAAGAAGUAGAGAAAAAACCUCCAACCAUGUCAAUAGAAGAUGCUUAUGAAGUUCUCGGUCUUCCAAAAGGACAAGGACAGCAAGAUGAGAGCAAAAUAAGGAAAGCAUACUUUAGACUUGCACAGAAAUAUCAUCCAGACAAGAAUCCUGAAGGAAGGGACAUGUUUGAAAAAGUUAACAAAGCUUAUGAGUUCCUGUGUACGAAGUCAGCCAAAAUUGUGGAUGGACCAGACCCAGAAAAUAUAAUUUUAAUUCUUAAAACUCAGAGCAUCCUUUUCAACAGGCACAAGGAAGACCUUCAGCCUUACAAAUACGCUGGCUAUCCCAUGCUCAUCAGAACCAUCACCAUGGAGACCUCCGAUGUCCAACUCUUCUCUAAGCUAUCUCUGUUACCUGCUGCCACUGAGUUGGCAUUUCACACAGUCAACUGUUCAGCCCUUAAUGCAGAAGAACUCAGGAGGGAAAAUGGCAUAGAGGUACUACAAGAAGCGUUCUCUCGCUGCGUUUCAGUGUUGACUGGAUCAAGUAAACCACAUGACAUGCCUGUACAGGUGUGUGGACAUAUAUGCAAGUGUUACAGUGUUGCUGCUCAAUUUGAAGAAUGCAGAGAGAAGAUUAUAGAGUUGCAAAAUAUCAUUAAAGACCUCUGCAGAGUUUUAUACUAUGGCAAGAGGGUCCAAAGAUUGGCAGCACAGGCAUUGGAAUGCGUGAGUUCCUUUGCUGUGGAUUUCUUUCUCCAGACACACUUGUUCCAUGCAGGGAUUUUGUGGCAUUUACUUAUUUAUCCUUUCAACUACGACUUUACCUUGGAGGAGAGUGGAAUUCAGAAGAACGAGGACACUAAUCAACAGGAAGUUGCCAAUAGCCUUGCCAAGCUCAGUCUUCUUGCAGUUAGCCGAUUAGGUGGCUAUUUACCAGGAGAACUAACAACACCAGAAAACCCUACAAUACGAAAAAGCUUAGCUGGGAUGCUCACCCCUUACAUUUCUCGGAAGCUGUCUGAGUCUACUCCUGCAGAGAUUCUCAAAAUGCUGAACAGUAACACGGAAAGUCCCUACCUGAUAUGGAACAAUGGUACAAGAGCAGAGCUGCUGGAAUUCCUUGCAGCUGAACAAGAAAGCAUGACAAGAAGGGGGGAAUGUGAUAGAAGCUAUGGAGCAGAAUUUGUUUUCAGUGAUCAUGCUAAAGAGCUCAUUGUCGGGGAGAUUUUUGUACGGGUAUACAACGAACAGCCCACAUUUCAACUGGAGGUGAGUAAAUUUUCUGGUCUGUUUAUUUCUUUAUUCAUUGCAGCAAGUCUGCUGGAUUAUAUCGGAUCGCAGGCACAGUACCUUCAUACACUGAUGGCUAUGACCCAGACAGGCAAAGUGGAGUCUGAUCAACAUGUCGACAGACUGCAGAGGGUUGAAAUGGCUCUGGAAGCACUGAGGAAUGUCAUCAAACACAAUCCUGGAUCAGAAACUGAAUGUAUCGGCCAUUUUAAGUUGAUAUUUUCUUUACUGCGAGUCCAUGGAGCUGGGAAGGUUCAGCAGCUUGCACUGGAGGUGGUCAACAUAGUCACCAGUAAUCAGGAAUGUGUAAAUAACAUUGCAGAAGCUAUGGUACUGUCCAGUCUGUUAUCACUUUUGCAUUCUUUACCAACAAGUCGACAGCUUGUCCUUGCAACUCUGUAUGCCUUAACGUCCAGCACAAAAAUCAUAAAAGAGGCUAUGGCCAAAGGAGCUUUAAUCUACUUGUUGGAUAUGUUUUGUAAUUCAACUCACCCACAAGUACGAACGCAGACAGCAGAGUUAUUUGCCAAAAUGAUAACUGAUAAACUUGUUGGUCCUAAGGUCAGAAUUGCUUUGAUGAAGUUCUUACCUGGAGUAUUUAUGGAUGCUAUGAGGGAUAACCCUGAAGCUUCUGUACAUAUAUUUGAAGGAACCCAUGAAAACCCAGAGCUAAUUUGGAAUGAUAAUUCCAGAGAAAAAGUAUCCACCACAGUUCGAGAAAUGAUGCUAGAGCACUUUAAGCAACAAGUAGAAAAUCCUGAUGCAAACUGGAAGUUACCGGAUGAUUUUUGUAUUGCAUUCGGAGAGGCAAAUGGAGAACUGUCAGUUGGUGGCGUUUUCUUGCGAAUAUUCAUUGCACAGCCUGCUUGGGUGCUGCGGAAGCCAAGAGAAUUCCUUGUGGCGCUUUUGGAAAAGUUUACUGAAUUACUAGAGAAAAAUAAUGCUCAUGGAGAAACGUUAGAAACCGUGACCACUGCAACAGUUUGUUUAUUUAGUGCACAACCUCAGUUACUGGACCAAGUCCCACCUUUAGGUCACCUACCCAAGAUACUCAAUGCAAUGAGCCACAAGAAUAAUGCUGUUCCAAAGUGUGCAAUACGGGUCAUCCACACAAUGACAGAUAACGAGCUUUGUGUUCGAUCGAUGGCUUCGCUUGAGACAAUUGGACCUCUGAUGUGUGGAAUGAAGAAACGUUCAGACAUGAUAGGAUUGGCAUGUGAAGCACUUAACAGGAUGUUCCAAAGGGAGCAAACCGAGCUUGUAGCGCAAGCACUGAAAGUGGAACUGGUUCCAUAUUUGCUAAGAUUACUUGAAGGACAAGGGCUGGAAAACCUUGAAAGACCAGCAUCCACGAAAGCUCAGAUAGUUAAAGCUCUGAAGUCAAUGACUCGCAGCCUGCAGUAUGGAGAACAGGUGAAUGAAAUCCUUGCUCGAUCCACUGUCUGGAGUGCCUUUAAAGAUCAGAAACAUGACUUGUUCAUUUCUGAAUCACAAACAGCAGGAUACCUCACUGGACCUGGCGUUGCUGGCUACCUUACUGCAGGGUCUUCAUCAACUGUUAUGCCCAACGCGCCACCACCAGUGGACCAUGAAGUAGGAGAUCUCGGAUAGACCACGAAGACUUUAAACCAAUGAGGAUGCAAAUAGACCUAAUCGCUAAUUGUUGCAGGGUU